AUGCCGCAUGCGCUUACCGUGUCGUUUGUGCGAUACCGGGUCGGCGGAGCCCAGAUCUGGCAUGAGCGGGUCUCGUUGCUGGCAGAUGGUGCUGGCAAUCACUUCGUGCUGACACCCGACGGGGACUGCUACCUCGAGAGCGCGGUGCCUGAUUCAGAUAUCGCUGGGGUGAUGCUUCUGCAGGGCCAGGGCGACCGCCCUGGCGGUUUUCGGGUCUACGGCUUCCGCUCCCUGCCGACGGCUCAGGAGGUGUGGAACGGCAUUCGCGAGGGGACGCAGCGUUUGGCGUCGCCGUGCCGCUUGGCCCGGCGAGCCUCACCUUGGUUGCUGGAAGCGCUGGAGGUAUCGCCCCUAGGCCCCCCGCCCCUGCCGGCUGCGGCGGGCGCCGCAGGCGUCGCCGCUGGGGCUGGCGCUGCUGCUGGUGGCGGUGCUGCUGCUGGUGGGGUCGCUGGCCUGCGCGUGAAGGCCGUGAGCCACGGCGUGCGGGGCGACCGCUGGCGGGAUUUCCGCGAGGGCAUCACGCUGCACACCUCGACGGCGUGGACCGACUGGCCCGUUCGAGUCCCUCGGACGGCGGCCUGGGUCUGCGUUCGCACCCAGCGCCACGCCUCGUCUCCGGCAGCCUGGCACAGUAAGUCGAUGACUGAGUGGAAGAUGUCGGAGGACGGUCCGAUCACCAGGGAGCACGCCUGGCCCUGUAGGAUCCUGGAGCCCGCGGCGCGCUACGACCAGGUGAACGUCGGUGAGCUGGCGCACCUGGAGACGACGGCGAGGCGCCGCCAGCUGCUGGAGGAGAAAGUGGUGGAGACGGCCUGCGAACCGAAAGGCAGCGACAAGAAGGACAAGGACAAGCCCCGCGUGCUGGUCGACCGCGACGAGAACAGCCUGUUCCUGGGCGCCCAGGACCGCGCAUCCUGGCCCGUUGCGGGCGCGACGCCGCCGCCGCUGAAAUCCAUCUGCAGCGAGGCCGCCCUUGACAGGGCGGGGGGGCUCAGGAUGGAGUUCGACACCCGCAUUGCCAAUGCGUCCUCUUUCGAACCAGCCAGCGCGAAGUUGCCGACGAGCGCCCCCGACGCCAUCGGCUUCACGGCGUCGGCAGGUAUACAGCGUGCGUUUCAUCGCAUGAAGCUUCCGCCUGAGUUAGUUCAGCGCUUUGCGCCCCCGUGCAUCACGAAUCGGGUUCUGCGCCGCGACGGGGUCGCGCUCGACGUGGAUCUGGCCCCCGAGAUUCUGGCGGCGCCGAUGGGCUGGAACUGGGAGCGCGCGAAGUCCAAGCUGCAGCGCACCUCGGCGGCCAUCGCCUCACAUCGGUUGCCUGCGCGCGAGGAGGCGAUCGCCUUGGGCUUGAUGCGGGUCGUCUCGGUGCUGAAGGGCGCCCUCUGGGACCUGGGCGAGAACCUCUUGGGUCACGAAGGCCUGCGGGGCAUUCUCAGCGCUGAUGCUGUCGCCGACUUCGAGAGCCCCCUGUCCGUCGCGCGCGACCCCUCCCCAUUCUCCGAGAUCCCCGAACAGUUGUUGGAGGGCCUCCAGUGGAAGGUCGCGCAAUCGAGUCGCGUGCUCAAGACGCAGAAUAUCUUGGAGUCUGAGGGGGGCGCCUUGAGUUCGCACUGCGUCAUCUUCUCCGCUCUGGGCCUCUUCUGGGUCACCCUCUGGCGGGCCCCAUCGGAGUUCAACCCGUCCGACGCCCCGUCGCGGACCGGCUUCCUCGCGCGGCCCGAGUGGCUGGGCGUUGGCUCGACCCCAGGCGGGGCGCCAGGUGGUCGCGCGUCGAGCGCGGCCCCGCUGAGGGGCAGUUGGAUCAGCUUCAUCGAGACGGCGGCGCUCACCGACGCUACCAAGCACUACGCCGCCCACGCGCAGUGCCUGGUGAACUGGCGCCUGUGGACGGGGCUGCGCUGGUCUUUGACCCAGGAGCUCGACGCGGCGCACCAGGCCUUAGACGGCUUCGACGCGGCCACGGGCCGCGCGACGUUGGCGGCGGCGCGCCGUCUGUCGCCUGCGCCGGUUGCCACCCGCAUUGCUCCACCGAGGACCUGCAAGGCAAUGGGCGGCUGGAAGAAACUGAAGCCGCCCGGCGCGCGCCUUCCAAUCCUUCGGCCCGCAGCGUUGGCGAUCGCGGGCGCGAUGCUCGCGAGGCGCCAAAUCCCGUUCGCGACGUUCGUGAUCCUGUUCUUCGCCGGCUACCUGCGGCCCUCGGAGGCCAUCCGUCCGCGCGAGCGCCCGCCGGCGCCGCCCGAGCCUUUAGCCGGCGAGAAGUACGCCGAGCGGGGUCUGGCGCUCAACCCCGGGGAGGGCGACGUGCCAGGCAAGACGGGGAUCACCGACGAGAGCGUCGCGCUGGAUCAUGCGGCCUGGCGGCCGCUGUGGGCGGCGCUGAAGGCGGCUCGCCCCGGCGCCUCGCCUCUGUGGGACUUCCAGGUGACAGAGGCGCGGGGUUCUUUCAACGGCGCCGCCGAGGCCCUCGUGCUGGUCGCCCAGCCGCCGCUGCACGCCCUCCGCCGCAGCGCGGCGAGCGACGACCUGCUCGAUGCGCGCGGGAGGAAGCAGACCAAGCUGCAGCAACAGUUGAACAUGCGGGGAGAGGCGGCGCUGUCUUUCAGAUUUCAGGAGGCGCGGCAGCACCUGCAUCUGAUCAUCGGCGCGGCGGUGUGCUUCGUGCUGGUCCUCUCGGCGGGCAUCGCAGUGAUCUCGCAGCAGGCCUCCUCGGCUGGCCCCGCAGCUCCGCAGCAGGCGUUCGCUUGGCUGGCGGUGCUGUGCAGCGUGUUGCAGUGCACGGUUCCGCUUGUGCAGGCGGCGAGCCUGCGGCGCUCGAGGCGCUUCUGGGGCAGCGGCGGGGGCCGCGCCGCGGCCGCCGCCACGGCCGCGAGCGUGGCGCUGAGCCUGCUGUGGGCCGAGUAUUCCUUCGUCGCCGCCGCGCAGCUCUCCAUACGGGCAGGCCUCGCGGGUUGCGCGGUCGGCGGUGUCCUGGUGGCCAUCGUCGCCUGGGGAUCUCACGCGGCAUCGGCGGAGGAUGCGGGGGACGCCCGCCUCGACGCGGAUCCCCGGCCGCUGAUGCCAAGGGCCGGCCGCAAGCUGAAGGGCCUGCCCCUCCACGACUGCUACGCGGCCUUCGAAGGCCGAGCUUGGCGAGGCGACGUUGCGUGGAAGCCGGACGCGGAUCGGCGCAGGGGCAGCGAGCACGACGGCGCCCCCGCGCUCUGCGUGGAGGAUGACGGUGGCGAGGUCGCGAAGUCGCCCUUCACACCGCUCCAGGCCGUGGAUCUGGACGACGAGCCCGAGUGCGAGGCGGACCGCCUCCCCCGCGAGGACGACGGACGCGAGCGCGGGAACGUGUCCCCGUGGGCCCGGCCGCCGCUGCGAGCCCCGGGCC